AAGCGGCGAGCAGCCCUGACUGCUACACAUUGCUGUUUGAGAGGCAUAUUUGAUUGGUUUGGUUAUUUAUCGUUAUGUAGACUAACUUAUGAAACUGCGUGCUUUCUCUUGUCGCUUGAGUGGAUACAAUUAAAUGGCAAAAACCCUCGAGUCGGCUCAGCGAAUAGAUUUUAUUUGAUUCAAGUUGCAGCCCUACGACUGCUGAUCUGGAGAGAGCCCCUUACGCACGGCGCAUUUGGAGGAAUUGUCAGCAUGGACUCAGCAUCCGAGCAGAACCGGCGGCUUUUGAUGGAGCUUCUGGAAAGGGAUGGAAAUGGAAACUGUGUAGAUUGCGGCGUGACAGAGCCCAAGUGGGCGUCGUCCACGCUGGGCGUGUUCGUGUGCCACAGCUGCUCAGGCCUGCACCGGAACAUCUCCCAGAUCAGCCGCGUCAAGUCCGUCUCCAUGGACCCCUGGGAGGCAGACGAGGUCAAGUUCAUCGCGUCUGCUGGAAAUAACGCAGCUGUAGCCAAGUACGAGCAGAAGAUCCCUCCGUUCUACUACAGGCCGACCAACACAGACUGCAUGCUUCUACGGGAGCAGUGGAUCAGAGCAAAGUAUGAGAGGAAGGAGUUCAUGUUUGUGGACAGACAGGAGCCCUAUUCAGCAGGAUACAGAGAGGGGUUUCUAUGGAAACGCGGGCGAGACAACGGACAGUUUUUGAACCGCAAAUUUAUCCUGUCAGAACGAGAGGGAUCCCUGAAGUACUUCAACAAACAGGAUGCCCGGGAGCCCAAAGCGGUGAUGAAGAUUCAGACCCUGAACGCCUCGUUCCAGCCGACUAAGAUCGGCCACUCACACGGCCUCCACAUCACCUACCUGAAGGACAACAGCACCAGGAACAUCUUUGUGUACCAUGAAGAUGGAAAGGAAAUGGUGGACUGGUUUAAUGCGAUGCGAGCUGCCAGGUUUCACUACCUACAAGUGGCUUACCCUGGAGCACCUGACACUGUUCUGGUGCCCAAGCUGACGCGGAACUAUCUGAAGGAGGGCUACAUGGAGAAGACGGGCCCCAGGCACACGGAGGGCUUUAAGAAGCGCUGGUUCACCAUGGACGACAGGAGACUCAUGUACUUCAAAGACCCUAUGGAUGCGUAUGCGCGUGGGGAGGUGUUCAUUGGCAGUAAGGAGAACAGCUACACGGUCCUGGCGGGUCUACCACCGGCCACCCAGGGCUACCACUGGCACUUUGGCAUCACCAUAGUAACCCCUGAGCGCAGGUUCCUGCUGGUGUGCGAGACGGAGGCGGAGCAGCUGAGCUGGAUCGCCGCGCUCCAGAAGGUCAUCAACCGUCCCAUGAUGCCGCAGGAGUACGCAGUGGAGGCGCACUUCAAGCAUAAGCCCUGAGGGGGGCGCUGUUUGCCUGUGGUGGGAGAGCGCUGCAUGACCCAGAGGGAACCGUGGCGGGCCUCAGGGGCUGGAGGCGUGAGGAUGCCCAGGAUCAGGGUCUGAGAGAGGGGUCAAGGGUCAGCGCAGACCAGACCAGACCCACCCCGUUGACCCCGUUGACCUCAGCCAAGAGACAAGCUGGACCUUCCUCACUGUGUUGUGUUGUGUCCGCCUGUGCCUGUUAUCGCCAACAGCCUACGCUCCCCUCGCUGUCCCUUUGUCUAUAGCUAUCUUUCUCUCUCUAGCAUUUCCUUUUUCUUUUUCUCUCUCUCUAGCAAAUACAGUACACACACCCACCCACACACACACAGAUUUCAAUACACUAGAUCUCUUGAGCUCUCAAGUAGUGAACGUCAUGUUUUGCCCCCGUACUCUUGCACUGACUCCAGCUCAGUUGUCCAGUGCAUCAGACUGUGUCUCCGCUGCAUCCAGUGAAGCUUCGUAACGGAACUGCUCAACAAAACAAAACUCCUCGAUGACCAUCAGAAAUAAACGGACAUGCUGAAGAAUAAAAAAAAAAAUCACUGGACAUUUGCAUCCACAACUCGACAGUAUCUGCACGCGCUUUUGAAGUACACACACACGCGUGCUUUUGAAGUACACAACCUGUGUGUGUGUGUUGAGCAGGUGGCCACCUGCUGUCGUUGCGUCACCCUGUGUGUGUUUACUGCUAGAACAUGGCAUUGUUGAUCUGAACAGCUCCCAUGUGUCUGUGCUGCUGCUGCUCCUGCAGGAACCAUAAAGGUUCCUACAUAAAGGUUCCCCCCCUUCGGCCUACAGUACGCACGGCCUACAGUACGCACGGCCGCAGUCUGGAACUCUGCACCUCCUGCCCAUCGUGAGAGCGUAACUAAGGUUGCGUGUGAGAGCGUAACUAAGGUUGCGUGUGAGAGCGUAACUAAGGUUGCGUUUGAGAGCGUAACUAAGGUUGCGUUUGAGAGUGUAACUACGGUUGCGUGUGAGAGUGUAACUAAGGUUGCGUUUGAGAGCGUAACUAAGGUUGGGUGUGAGAGUGUAACUAAGGUUGCGUGUGAGAGCGUAACUAAGGUUGCGUUUAGGAGUGUAACUACGGUUGCGUGUGAGAGUGUAUCUUUCUAAGGUUGCACGUGAGAAGUGUACAGUAACUAAGUUUGCGUAUGCUUAAGAAACUCCGCUCUGCUUUGCUUUCCUCUUUUCCAAAGGAACAGGAGCAGCAUCUUCCAAGUGCAGUGGUACGUGUCAGUAAUGUGCAGUAGCGCUCUAAGAAGGGUUCUCGUCUGUGUUUAUUUAUUAUGCUUGUGCCCAGAGCUGUUACUGGUGCAGUUGUGAAUCUGAAGCAUCGGACAUGAUGACUGUAUUAACUGUACCUGACAAUAAGUACUUUGGGCAUGGGUCACUGUAAUAGCCAGUGCAAUGUACUGUAUGUUUAUAUUAUACGUUUUAAAACUAUACCAUCAUGUAACUGUAAAUGCUACUCACAAGCAGAUGUGGUUGGUUAAGUCAGCUUAACUUAUAGCCGUGGCUCAGAUGGCAAUAAUGGUAGCCUACUGAUGGAAGUUCCCACAGGUUAAUGAGCGAUGUCUAACGUCCACAGUUACAGACAUAGACAUAGACAUUGAGGCGUGACUAACAGUCAAGAGGGGAUGAACGAGAGCAGAUAUACACCACGAUGUACUACAGACUAUAUUGCAAGGACGUGUGUUAUGAGGCGUCUCAGAGAUUGUUCGAAGGAUUCAUUAAUAAUAUAUUAAAGGGUAUUUAAUGAGGUCUAGCACUGUGCGAGACCGGGAGAAUGACAUCACCAUUAUAACGCCAACUGCAGUGUUGUUUCGAUGUUGAUUUUGAAUGCAGUCACUAUAUGCAAAUGAAAAUGUGGAUCAAUGUAGCAAAUACAUGCCAUUGCCAGCGCAGUGUGUUGUAAUACUGAUCAUGUAUAAUGUCCAGGGUUUUGGGUUGCCAAAGAUUUCCAUGUUUCUCUCUUCUCUCCCACUAGGGGGCGAUAGAAGCAAAGGUUUGCGAGUGGCAAUCUGAUAUUGUGUUGGAGCUGUUCAUUAUGCACAGGUACAAAAGAGUGGCAGAGUUGACUUCAGUUCUAGAUGUUGAAAGCAUUACUGUGUUAAAGUUUUGACAAUUUCAGUUCUCACUGCAAACAACAAUAUUAAAGACUGCCCAAGAUUUUUCUUGUCAGAGUGGCAUUAAAACU